AAUUAAAAAACCAACCAAAUUAUUUCUGGAACCACCUGUUUACAUAUAUUACAAAAAGAUUGCAGUGUGCACAAAGUAACGAAUUUUAAUCAAAACUUUUAAACUUUCAGAAAUUUAUUUCAAAACACAAAUCCCGACAAGCAAUUGCAAGAUCUCCAGCUGUAGCAUCUUUGUUGACCAUCAUACGACCCACAAACUGUUUGCAAACAUUAAUCAGACAUCUUUGUCUUUGAGAUCUUUGUGUUUUGCUUUCUUGAAGUUGUAACUUCAAUCAAACACCAUGUGAGGGUGUGAAAGAUCUGAACUUGAUUCAAGAUUAGGGUUUUCUUGAAUUCAAACAGCAAGAUGAGUGUUUCUUUAACUGUAAUGACCUUUAAUCUUCUUGAAGAUCAGCCAGAAGAUGGCCCAAAUUGCUGGGAAAAGAGGAAGGAUUUGUGUGUUAGUGUUAUUACUAGUUACUCACCGAUCAUACUUUGCACUCAACAAGGUGUGAAGUCUCAGUUGGAGUAUCUUCAACAAUGCUUGCCAGGUUAUGAUCAAUUCGGAAUUUCACGGAAAGGAUCUGAAGACGUCGAAGAUCAAUGUUGCACCAUUUUCUAUGACAAGGAAAAGGUGGAGUUAUUAGAAGGCGGAACGUUUUGGUUGUCAGAAUCGCCUUCCGUUCCGGGAAGCAUGUCAUGGGGAAGCGUAUCUCCAUGCAUUGCUACAUGGGCAACAUUUCAACUGAAAGGAGUUGAGCCGCCGGGUUUUUCGUUCCAAAUAGUGAACACGAACAUGGAUGAGUUCAGUCCUCGUGCUCGUAGACGAAGUGCGUUGCUGACAUGGCAGCAUAUCGCAUCGUUGCCUCCUAGCUUGCCAGUUGUAUAUUGUGGAGGUUUUAAUACGCAAAAAGAGUCAACCACCGGACGCUUUCUUCUUGGGAGAUCAAGAGAACAUGGUGUUGUAGGUGAUAUGAGAGAUGCGUGGCCCAAUGCUCGGUUGAGAAAAAACAUGUCACUAAUACGCACGUAUCAUGGAUUUAAAGGUAACAAGCAAGGAGCUCUUGAGUUUCUCAAGUUGAUAUUCCGGGCCCUUUGCCUGUGCUGGGAUCGGCAAACUCAAGAUUUGCACAUAGACUGGAUUCUGUUCAGAGGCCGAUCACUGGCGCCCGUAUCAUGUGAAGUAGUGAACGAUAACAUUGACGGUCAUUACCCUUCUUCGCAUUAUCCGGUUUUUGCUGAAUUCAUGCUUCCAAGAACUGUACGCCCACUUGAGCCACCAGCUGUUGAAAAUGGAACAACUUCCACAGCUUCUUGAUGCUAGUUUUCCAGUUUAUGUUUGUUUACAUCUCAAGAAGUUUUUUGCUUUGCUUUUUUUCUUUUUUGAGUUUAUUGCUAAGCAAGUAUUACUACUAUUCUUGAAAAGUUCGAUUCAAUUGAAUGUUCCAUUUUGACCUUUUUUUCGUGUAACAUUAUAAGCAUAUAUGCUUCUGAAUAAA